AUGAGAUCAUGACAGUGUUAGGCUUAUAAAUUGUCAGACCUCUGCGCUGCUGGCAGACUGAAGUCUAUGAAAGAAAGUGGAAUCGAAAACACAAGUGGGUUGAGGCUAUAAGACUAUAAGAAGACUAUAAGAAACUUCGGCUAAAAAUUACAUCAAGAUCAAAGGAAAGGUCUACCUUUUUUAGUGGAAUUUGCAGUACCAUUUUGAAAUAUGUGUUGUGGAGGGUGUGCCAAGUGUCUUGGAGUUACUCUCAUUCCUUUAACCAUACUAUGCGUUCUUGCCAAUAUUCUGUUAUUUUUUCCUGGAGGAACAAUUGAAAUUAGCGACCAUAUUUCCGAUGAAGUUUGGUACUUUGGAGGAAUUUUGGGUUCUGGUGUACUGAUGGUGUUUCCUGCUUUGGUCUUUUUGGGUCUUAAGAAUAAUGAUUGUUGUGGAUGCUGUGGAAAUGAAAGCUGUGGAAAAAGAUUUGCGAUGUUUAGUUCUAUAAUAUUUGCAGUAGUUGGAAUUGUGGGAGCUGGAUACAGUUUUGUUGUGUCAGUUGUGGCUUUGAACAGAGGCCCGAAGUGUAACAUUCAUAGCAGCAAUAGUAGCCAGUGGGAGUAUCCGUUUAAUAAUGGCGAUUACCUUGGGGAUCAUGAUUUAUGGCUGAUGUGCCAGUCCCCAGAAUCCAUUGUCCCCUGGAAUCUGACACUCUUCUCUCUGCUUCUGAUAAUGAGUGGAAUUCAAUUGGUCUUGUGUGCCAUUCAGGCAAUCAAUGGUCUCUUUGGAGCUCUCUGCGGAGACUGCAAAUGUUGUGGGUGCUGUGAGGGAAAUGGAACAGUUUAAAGAAGAUGAUUGCAAUAUAUCAGCUAUGAUAACACAGAAUAUCCCUUUUUGGACUUUCCUCUUAAUAUGAAGGGCCACAUGUUUUUAUAUGAAACAGGCCCAGAAUGAGGAGUCUUUUCUCAUGAUGUAGCAGAGCCACUUUUUCCCACCUGCGCUUAUUUUUCCUCGCAUAUUUAGCACCAGUUGGGCUACAGCAUAUUUAUUUUUGUAAUAAAUUCUUUUCCAAAACAAAGUGAGACAACACCGGUUGCCAUUUUUGGCUCCUUUCCUUCAAGAGGCAAAAUAAUACACCACUUUAUGGUUUAUGUGAAGAUGAUCUGUGUUGGAAAUAAGUCAUAUAAAUGGAAUAAUAAUACUAAUUUGCAAUUACAGUUUAGAUCUGUAAUGACAAUACCUUUAAUAUCAUCAAACAAUAUCUGCAUAGCCCAGAUACUUGGAAAGGACUCGAUAAGUGGAUAAAAAUGCCAAAUCCAGUCUAAACAUUUGGGUGACUGUGCAACCAACUAUAGUAAUAAUAAUAAUUUAUAGGAGUGCGAGAUAGAAGUUCACACUUGGAAUGUUUAUAGACUCUGGAGAGGUUUUUCUUUAUCCUCCAUUAUUCCCUGUUGUUUCUUAAUUACUGUUUUACUGCACGUUAGUCUGUGUUCCUACAAGUCAAAUGUUAAGCUCCUUCAUAUGUUGUAUGUUAAUGUGUUAGUAUAUAGAAAUAUUUCAUUUUCUAAAUAAACAUUAUUUUGAAACAAAUGAUAUAAAAAUAAUAAACCAUAAUUUAAUUAAAAGUUUGUGGUAGUGUAAAGUGGACUGCAUCUGCCUAGAACAGUGUUUCUUAACCUAGGUAGCUUGAAGAUGGGUGGACUUCAACUCGUUGAGAAACACUGGCCUAGAACAAAUCAGACAAUUGAGUGGCUGGUUUACUAGCCAUGUAGCUUGAAAUAGAAGAUUCAGUGGUUGCAAAUUCAUUCUACUGGGCUUUUAGCUUACCAAAUGUUUGUCAUGUUAGCUUCCAGAAAAUAGUCCCUCCUUUUCUGUCAACAACUCUGUUAAUUUAUUUUCUCAAGGCUGCUAUGAUCACCCCAUUGAGAGGUAACACAUAUGCCUUUUUGCAGUUGGCUAAUUAGAGUUGCCAUCUAGAAAUCAAAAGGUGUAGCUUUGCUUCUUGUUUCUCCCACUUUUUUUCUUCCUGCUUUCUGUCUCACGUGGAACCUACCACAGGGUAGAGGCUCUAGCAUUAAAAUGGUGACAACUUUCAAGUAUCUUCCUCCUUUCCCUCCCUUCAGUAAUGAUAGUUUUCUUUUAAGAUGUAAAUGUUACACUAAGUUCUGUAUCACUAUGCACCAUAAAUAUGACCUUUAUUGGUUUACCAGAUUGAAAAAGAACAGUGAUUGUUAUUCCAGAAUUUGUAGGCUUCCUGUCUGCAGUUGGCAUAGCUCAAUAGUUAAGUUGGUUUGCCCCUUUUGGAAGUAAAGCCAUGGUUUAUAUUCUACUAACUAGCCAGAAAGAAGCAUUCGUGUUUUGGACAGCCUCACAUUAAGAGAAUUUGGGAAAGGUGUCCUCAUCAGUCAGAAGAGAAGCCAUGGACACUGAACUAAAUCUACCACUCUUCUCUUAAAGGCAUUGGUGAAUUGUCUUGCUUUUGGCUCAUAAGAAAACCUUAUUUAUGAUUGGCUCUGUUCUCAAAUAAGAAACUUUCAUCUGCUUAAUUUCUUUGUCUUGAGGUGACUUUCAACAGGAGCAAGGGCAGAUAUGCUGGCAAUCCCAACAAGCAUUUUGAAUUAACACUGAUACAACUUCAGUGUUGUAUAGAAUUAUCUGAUGGAAUUAUCAGUAUCCAAGCUUGUGUUUUUUAAUCCAAAGAUUUCUUCUUUUUUUUACAUACAUAUGAGUUUUAUUGAAGCUUUAAAUAAGAAAAUAAAAACUAAUAUAAAGGAAAGAAAAAAGAGAAAGAAAUAAAAAACCAAAGAGUUGAAGAAAAGAAAAAAAUUGAAGAAAAAUAGAAAAGAAAGAAAAAAAUACAAAAAACUGGUUUCCUAUUUUUUUCACAGCACUUAUAUUACAAGCCCUCUUUCCAAAGCUAUAUCAUAAUAGCUUUCUUUCUAUAAUCUGUCCUAUUUAAUCAUUAUUUUUAUCCAAAGAUUCCUGUGUAAAUUAAGAAUAUUGUGCUAAUUUUUUUUUGUGCAAAUUAUUAAAGUGGUAUUGUUGGUUUAUGUAAAUUUGUAACAUGUGGUAAUUAUACCUUGUGAUUCAGGUUUACCAAAAACAAACCCCAAUGCUUGAGUUGAAAACUUGUCAAAGGCCAUUGCAUUUUAGUCCAAUGUAGUUUAUUUAAAAUAUGUUCCAUUAAUUUUAGUGGAUCAUAUUUCCAAUUGCAUUUCAAGGAAAAUUAUGACUUUAAUCUCCCUAUUCUUCAUAAGUAUGUAUUCCCUGCUUGCCAUCAUGCAUUCGAGAAUUUGAUCCUUUGGGGGGGAGAAUAUACUGUUUGUGCGUACAUAGAAAGUAUGUACAUAAUUAAAGAUACAUGUGAUGGAAGAAUUUUCAUUUUAGCAUGUUGUGAAUAGUGUUCUGACUUGGCCCUGUAUCUGUUACUAAAAUCUGUACACCUCAAUAAGGCCAAUAUUUUGAAACAAAUAAAAUCUCCAGUUUUGCA